AUGUAUAAUGUCUGUGGAACAUCUAGACCAUCCGGUUCUUUAAUUGAUAAAUUUGAUUUUGAUGAAUUUACUGCUCUUGAUAAAAGAUUUUAUGUAUAUAAUUUAUUACAACAAAAGAAAAGUUUUAAAUCUUUAAAUUUAUUAGAUUUUUCUUUAUAUUUGAAACUUGUUUCUUAUCAUCCAUCUACUAUAGCCUCAACUUAUACACUUUCAAAUGAAAUAACUCUAACAAAAUUAAUAUCACCUUUUAAGAUUGAUUUUUAUCUUGUUAGAGUAUGUGAUCUUGAAACAGCAAAAAAAAAAAAUUUAACAAUAGAAGAUGUUUUGAAACAACCUAGAGAUAUAAAAAAUCAUCAGUUGAAAGAUAUUUAUGAUAUAUUAUUACAAUAUAGUGUACAAAUUAAUUGUUCAACUGAAUGUGUUUUUAACGAACAUGAAAUAGUAAUGUGUAAAAAAUUUUUAAAAGAAAAACAGAAAACAUGUGAAAUAUCUAGUAAUACAGGUGAAAAUGUAGUUUAUGAUACUGCUAAUUAUAGAUUGAUAAUUGUGAUUAAUUAUUUAGAAUGGAUGUAUCAAGAACGUUUUAGAGCUGAUAUGGAUAUAAAUAACAAAAUUAAGUUGGGAGAAACAUUUGAACAACUUGAUUCUGGUUAUCCAGUUUUUAUUUCAGGUGGAAAUAUUGAAAUAGCAUAUCAUCCAGAUUUGACACAAAUUAGCAGUAUUCAAGCGUUUUCCAAAAUAGUU